AUGUCUUUCAGUGUUAGGACAGUUCCCUGUGUCUUUUUGAGUUUCGGUUCAAAUACAACAAAUUUCACUGCACUUGAUCAGUUAUUUGUUGACAAUCCACAAAUCAGUUAUUGGAAAUUCGAAGCCGUUUACUCAUUCCCAACAACAAUCAGCAGAAGUGCAUUGAAUUUUAUAGUAAAUGAACCACCUGUGAAUGGUUCAUGUUCAAUAAGUCCACAGAAUGGUACAACAAGUACUGUGUUUCACAUAUCGUGUUCAGAUUGGUUUGAUGACGAUGGAAUCAAAGAUUAUUCAGUUUACAGCUGGCAAAGUGAUCGUUCAAGUUUACUGAUGAUUGCAUUUUCAUCAGUAUCAAAUAUUGAUAUGCGACUGCCACCUGGUGAAAAUACGAACACAUCAUUAGUUCAUUUGAUUGUUCACAUUCGAGAUAAAUUUGAUUGUGUUACGGAAUAUAAUUUGUCUUCAGUUGUUGUUCGAAUUGAUACAACAGAUGUAAAUAAACUCAGUGAUCCGAUUAUUCGAUCACUUGCAAGUGGAAAUCAAAAUGUUGUUGGACAAAUUCUGAUUUCGCUUUCACAAGUUUUCAACGAAAUGAAUAGAGAAAGUAUUAAAAAAGCGGUUUCAGACGGUGUUUCUGCGAUGCACAUUUCGAUAUCAUCGUUAGAAAGUGAAAGUUUGCAACAAAACUCUACUUCAUUCAAUCAAUCAGCCCUGGUCGACUUCAAAAACCAGCUGAAUACUCGAGCGGAUAUCCGAGAAUAUCUGAUUUCCUUUACAAAAGAUUUACUUAUUACGAGUUCCGAUAGCAUCAAACUACAGGGGUCUAUGUUCGUACUAUUGACCCGGGCAACAAAUGAGCUAACACGAUCAUCUGCAAUGAUUGCAUCGAAUAAAUGCUAUCACUUAGCUGAAACUUUAUACUCUAUGGCACGUCGUAUUCCUUAUGAAGAUGUCCAAUUUGCAGCAAGUCAAAUAACUGAAUGUGCUGCUAAUGUAAUGAAUGCGGUGAAUGGUCCAUUGCAGCAACGAACACUUGUUCUUGAUUCUGAUUUCUCUCAAGCAAAUAGUUUUCCUUCUGAUUAUGAUACUGAUCUGGAAUCCGCAUGGUCUAAUCCAAACAUGUUUGCUGAUGGGAAUGAUUUUUCAUCGGAAACAAUUGACAAAAAUCGGAAUAUUUAUUAUCAAAAGCAAACAGCCACUGAGAUUGCAGAACAAGUUCGUGAAACAAUUUCAUUGAUAAGUUAUGCAUUGAAUCUUCAUAUGAACAUUGGACAAAAUCUGACAAUCACUUCUCCAUCAGUAUUUAUGCAGUUAGAAACACUAUCAUCAAAUUCACUUUCAAAUAAGCUCAUUUCACAAAUUGAAAAUGUCCAAAUUCAAAUGCCACUCACUUUCAAUUCAACUCUAAACGAUAAUCAAAUCAUUUCACUUCGAUCUUUCGUUCAACCCCUGGCAUCAGCUGAUCAAUCAAACAGUCAAUCAUAUACAAAUUUAUCACGAUCGGUAUCGUUAACAUUUGUGAACCAGACUGGACAUGAAAUUUCGAUUGAGACAACAUUUGACGAUCCCAUCGAAUUGAUUAUUCCACGAGAUCCAAACCUUAUCAUUCUCCCAAUGAAUUUGCAAGAUGUUCGCUCAGCGAAUUCUAUGCCACAUAACCAAUUAUUUCAUUUACAGUAUCUCAACAUUACGAGUUCUCUUGCAAUUUCAUUACAUUUUGAAGUUCAUCCUUUAAAUCACACUGCUGGAUAUUUGUUCGUUUAUAAAUUCGAUCAGAUUCCUCAAUUAAAUAGUUCAAUCAAUAACACUGACGGCUGGUCUUUGUUUUGUCCAGCAAACAUGACGAAUGAUAGUAUCUAUAAAUAUUGGAUUGACAGUCAAAAAACAGUUGGGCAUCGAUCGAUCAUUUUUGGUUUGAGACAAUUGAACUCAACUGAAAUUACUAGUAUCUGUACGAAUUCUUCGAUAACAAAUCCACCGAUUACAAAUCAACGAUUCGAAUUUACAUCAAACUAUGAAUUGAGAGUUUACACAUCAGGUUGUUAUUAUUUGAAUGCGAGUAAUCAUUGGCAAUCUGAUGGAUUAGUAGUCGGACCUUUGACAAAUCAUUAUCAAACGCAAUGUUUAUCCAAUCAUUUGACAACAUUUGCAAAUGGUUUCAUCGUUUUACCAUCACCAAUCAACUGGAAUUACGUGUUUACACAUGCUGAUUUUCUGCGAAAUAUAACGAUUUAUUUGACUGUGAUUUGUGCGUGUAUAACAUACAUCACACUGAUCAUUUAUGCACGUUUUCAAGAUAAGAAAGAUGUGGAAAAAUUGUGUAUGAGACCACUGGUUGAUAAUCAUCGGUCGGAUGAAUAUUUGUAUCAAAUUGUUGUUUUUACUGGUCAUCGUGCAAAUGCUGGAACGGAAUCGAAAGUUCAUUUUAUUAUCUCAGGUGAUAAUGAUGACACACCUGUCCGAACAUUUUCGAAUCAAAAUCGAAGGGUUUUUCAACGUGGUGGAAUCGAUGCAUUUCUCAUGGCUGUUCCAAAAUCAUUGGGAUUGUUGAAUUAUGUCCGUAUUUGGCAUGAUAAUUCAGGCGGAAGUGGAUCAGCAUCAUGGUUUUUGAAAUAUAUUAUUGUUCGAGAUCUGCAAACAAUGGAAACAUUCCAUUUUAUUUGUCAGAGAUGGUUGGCUGUUGAGAAAGAUGAUGGAAAAGUCGAACGUAUUUUAUUUACGGCAAGUAAUGUGGAAAAACAAGAAUUUUCGUAUGUUUUAUCAAAACAAACAUAUGAAAAGUUGUCCGAUGGUCAUUUAUGGUUUUCGAUAUUUUUCCGUUCACCAUCAAAUAAAUUUACACGUGUACAACGAUGUACAUGUUGUUUUGUUCUGUUAUUUAUUUCCAUGUUGUUGAACAUCAUGUAUUACGAUUUAUCAGAUGAAACAAGUAAUACAAUUGGUUUAUCUAUCGGUGUUCUUCGGAUCAAUUCUCAACAGAUUGUGAUUGGCGUGAUGACGGAACUUCUUGCGCUGUUGCCAAGUCUUCUAGUUGUUCAAUUGUUCCAACGUUUGAGAUCUCGCGAGGAGAAAAGCAAACGACCGAAAUGGACAUUGGCAUGGUGGUGGAUAUUCAUUGCCUAUGGCGUUUGCUUCUUACUGGUUGGUGUCUCGAUAUUCUUUACCAUUGCUCGUGGAAUUGAAUUUGGUGAUUCAAAAGCACAGAAAUGGUUGAUAUCAAUUCUGACUGGAUUCUUCUCCUCAAUCCUUUUGACUCAACCGAUGAAAGUGUUGUGUCUGGCAAUUUUCUUUACUCGUAUCGUUCGGAAAAGGAACACAGACGAAGAAGCAAGUGAAUAUAUGGGAGUAGAUGCGGUUCAAUUAAUGAAUGACGGCGAAUACAAUGAUAUCAGCAAGGAGAAAUCAACGCACGUUCAUCGAUACACAAUUCAUUUUGAUCGGUUAAGUGAAAAUGAUGUAGCACGGGCACGUUUACAGCGAACAAAAGAAGUCUACAUGUGGUCCAUCAUUCGUGAAGUUCUCACGUCGAUUGGUUUUCUUAUCAUUCUUUGCUUUUUCACAUAUUCAAAUCACGAUCAAAAUUCAUUCUUUCAAGUUAAUCAUUUGCGGAAACUCUUUUUAAAUUCAAGACAAAUUGACAAUGCUUAUACACAAAUAACAACAAUCGAACAGUAUUGGUCAUGGCUGGAAACUAGUUUUGCCUCGAAUCUUCGUGCGCAACAAUGGUAUAACGAUGAUCAACCGUAUUUUCUCAAUGGUUUUGUAAACGACAAAUCGAACCGAUUAAUUGGGUGGGCAAUAAUGAGACAAUUACGAGUGAAAUCGAAUUUGUGUUCAAACCAAAAACUCAUCGAUGUUUGUGCGUAUGAUUACAACUUCUGGAACGAAGAAAAACGCUCAUUUGGAGUAGAAUGGAAGAAUGAAACAAACGGAAGAUCGAAUUCUUCAAUAGAUCAAGCAUUUCAAUAUCGUUCAGGUGAAGAAUACGGGUAUGUUUAUGAAUUUCAUGGUCGUUUAUCCGAUCUUCAAAAUAAUCUAUCAAAACUGCAUGAAUUGGAAUGGAUUGAUAAUCGAACACGAAUAAUCAUCAUUCAAAUGAGUUUAUAUAAUCCAAACAGUCAACUAUUCACCUCAGUUACUCUUCGUACGGAAUUUUUAUCAACUGGCACAAUUGUUCCUCAAUAUCGGUUUGAACCAUUUAACUUCAAUUUAGCUUUUGGUUCGGCUUCUCAACUCGUUUGUGUCAUUCUUUAUGUCAUAUUUAUUGUUUAUUUGACGUUCAAUGAAACGAAAUCGUUAAUUCGAACGAAACUUGCUUAUGUCAGACAGUUUUGGUGUUAUGUUGAAGUCGGCAUCAUUGCUUGUUCGUGGACAAGUGUGGGAAUUUAUGUGUGGAGAUACAAAGAAGCGAAACGCAUUGGUCAUCUGUUUGCAGAAACAAAUGGAUAUGUUUACAUCAAUUUUCAAUCCGCAGUUUAUGUCAAUGAUGUUCUAUCGUUUCUUUUUGGCUUUUGUUGUUUUUUUGGUACGGUGAAAUUUGUUCGUCUUUGCCGUUUCAGUCAACGAUUAUCAUUAUUUACUGAAACAGUUAAAAAUGUUUUUCGAGAACUGAUUUCAUUCAGCUUGAUGUUUUCUAUCGUAUUUCUGGGUUUCUUAUCAUUGUAUUAUUUAUUAUUUAUUUCCACCAUAUCUUCUUGCGCAAAUGUAUUGAAAACUUCACAGAUGUUAUUUGAAAUGACAUUGAUGAAAUUUGAUACGAGCGAAUUAAUGGAAGCACAUGUAGUUCUCGGUCCAUUGUGUUUUAGUUUAUUUAUAUUCUUUGUCGUUUUCGUUUGCUUGAGCAUGUUUAUCACAAUCAUUAAUGAUGGCUUUCGUCGUGCUCAACAGAACCUACUACAGAAAGAUGAUGAAAUGGUAUUAUUUAUGUGGACAAAGUUUCAACGAUGGAUCGGCUGGAGUAAGUCAUGCGAAGAACGGAAUAAUACGAUGGAAAUAGAUUAUCUUGAUCUUGCUGGUGCUUUUCCCAAGAAAGUUGAUAAGCUUUUACAUGCUUUGAAUCGAGUGUACAUCGAUCAACAAACGUCCAAUUUUCUCUGA